ACCUCCGGCACUUUGGUUUAUUUUCCAACUGUUUACUCCAUUUAAUUUAUUCUAUUGACACCUUUCGCGAAGUUUGACAAUUAAUUUGUACGCUCUUCAACGCUUUAUUCUCCAAUAUCUUUUCGUUGAAGUAUCCGCUUUUCGCUGAUUUUAUCAGUUGCCAAUACACUAUUGGCUGAUCGUGCGGUAGGCGGAGUCUACGCCGAUAGGAAUUUCCAUCAGAGUGAAUUUGACGAAAAACUGCUUGUCUAAAAUUCUGGUUGCGUAUAAUUCGUAUAUAAACACAUUUUAGUCAGAUAACAAACUUUUGAAGAGAAUAAAAAUAAAAUGUUCUAGCUGUGUUAAGUGUAAAGUUCAAACCAAGCCAAUGAUCGGAAAAAGUGAAAAGGAUAGUUUUGUGGGUAAUUUUCUGGACAUGCAACAUAGCGGACUUACUCAUCGGUACCCUGGCAUGUCGCCGGGAAUGUCCGGUAUAACAAACUCAUCAUCUUUAAGCAUGAUGCCAUCGCUAUUCGGAGAUAAUAAUUAUUACCGGCAUGCAGGCUACGGAAGUAUGACCGUCGGCGGUAUGGGGAUGUACGCCGGAACUGCCGCUGACCAGUACUCAAUGACCAGGCACACGCCGUAUUCACCGUAUGGACCACCUCACCACAGCACCAAGGACAUGGUCAAACCUCCGUACAGUUACAUAGCUCUGAUUGCAAUGGCUGUACAAAGCCAGCCGGAUAAGAAAGUCACGUUAAACGGAAUUUAUCAAUUCAUCAUGGACCGGUUUCCGUUUUACAGGGAAAAUAAACAAGGCUGGCAGAAUAGCAUACGCCAUAAUUUAUCUUUAAAUGAAUGUUUUAUCAAAGUUCCUAGAGAUGAUAAAAAGCCAGGAAAAGGCUCGUACUGGACACUGCAUCCAGACAGUUACAACAUGUUCGACAACGGGAGCUAUUUGCGUCGACGCCGGCGAUUCAAACGACCAAAUGCGGACAAAGAAGAAGCCGAAGAUGGCGGCGAAACAAGAAAAAAUAAUGAUUCUGAUGCAGAAGAUGAUGGAAAUACUGUUAAAACACCAAGCAAAAAUGAAACAAAAAUUCAUGCUGCUGCUAAAAAGGAUAAUCAAACAAAGUCGGAAAAUGAUUUUAAAACAUCUUACGGGAAUAAGCAAUAUUUACUUGAUAAAAUAUCGUCGGCUAAGAUAGAACAAGGAGAGACUUCUAAAUCGGAUUGUCUAUCAAGGAUUCAGUCUAGUCCAAAUGCAUUACCCUUGCCGACGGAACCGAACGGCAGUGAGAUGCCGGCAUCUUCAUUUUCUGUGGAAAAUCUGAUGACAAACCAUCUAACAGAUAUAACCCCGACGAACUCAUUUUUAAGUGGACGUAGUGCUACACAUUUACUGUCACCCCCAAUGUUACAAUGUUACACGCGCCCGACGGAUAUGUAUAGAAGUUCUUGUGUUUCUACAGCCGCCAGUAAUUAUGGUUACGCCAACAAUUUGAGUGCUCAGACAUUAUUCCAAUCUCCGAGCGGAAUUUGUAGCCCAACUGGACGAUCUCCCACCACAGGGAACACGUUAUCUCCAAAUGAAGAAAAUUCCGGCGGUAGUGCCGGAAAUUCUCCCCAUGCAACGCCGGUGCCGGCACAUGGAAAUAGUCAUUCAAAUCUACCUCAAGGAAAUGGACUUAUUUCAUCAAUGUUCAGUGGCUCCCAAAGUGGACAGGCAUAUUCCCGUGGAAAUUCGUGGUACAUGCCUCCUUCAACAGACUUUAAUCAUCAUGGCUCGGAUUUUGCCGCGGCGUCUUCGCCCUUUGCUAAUAUGAGAGACAUGUUUGAAUCCCAGCGGAUUCUCGGGAAUCAAAGCCAGAGUUCAUCAACAGCGGCAGCGGCAUCCAGCUGCCAGCUUGCCGCUUUCAGAACAACUUUUAAAAACGCCGCACAGUAUCCAUGUGAUUAUACAAAGUUUUGAUGUGUACAUUUCUUAAAAAAAAAAGAAUUCUACAUGGAAUAUAUUAUCCUUAAAUAUUUUGAAGUAACUACACAUUUUAGAAACGUGGAGAGAAAGAAUUAUAACUAAGUAUUAAAUAUAUAUUACAAGAAUUAUUUAUGUAUAAAUUGUGCGCUCGCGUGUGUGAACUUUGAGUAUGAUAAUUAAAUGUAGUGAAACAUUUUAAUUGGUUUUUGUUUACAAUUAUCAAUUCUUUUUCUUCUUGGAAUAUUUGUGGUCGGGCAUUGUUAAAUGGGUGGUAUUAUAAAAAUAAUUUAUCAGUUCAUUUAAGGCAGAUUAGAACUGCAUGUUUGUAGAGAUAAUUUAUACAUGAUAGUGCUGUAAGAUUUUAAUUUUAUUUUAUUUCCAAGAAUAUUUCAUCGCGAUAUUUGUGCCGAACAUUCUUGUUGCAUGUGUUUUAUGUAAUUGAAAGUGUAAAAAGAAAAACCUGUUUUAUUAGAUAUUUAAGAAUUUUUACCUUAUUUCUUUGAAUAUUCUUUCUUUACGUGUAUAGAGAUGUAUUUGAAAGCUUUUCGUGUCUGCAAUGCAUUUUUAUUCCAACUAUAUAAAGAUAAAUUGAACAAAAAAAUAAUAUUAUUUUUAACCUGAACUUUGUUAAUGGCUUAAUGCAAGUUAUUUACAUGUAUAUUUACUAUGAAUGUUUAAAAUACAAGUAAUAGAAAGUAACUUUAAACCUUAUAAAUGUUACAGAAUGCAGUACCAAAGUAUAUUACGUUCUACAAUAAAUAUGACUUAAAUC